AGUGCUGGGAGCGGGUUACGCUGGAGAAGGUUCUACAAGUUAUCUUUACAGGACUGAGCUUGAAAAGGCCGUGGAAAGGUCAGAGAAACCACGUCCACCUCCUCCUCCACGUCGACGUCCACCUACUCGUCCACCUCCACGUCGACGUCCACCUCCUCCUCCACCUCCACGUCGACGUCCACCUCCUCCUCCACCUUUACAUCAUCGACGUCCACCUCCUCCUCCACAUCCACGUCGACGUCCACCUCCUCCUCCACCUGCACAUCGACGUCCACCUCCACCUCCACCUCCACCUCCGCCUCACGAACCCGAACCAGGAUGUCCGUGUUAUUAUCCGGACAAUGGGUUAUUUAGGUACAUAGCACCAGCUGCAACUACAAGAGAAAGUUGUGUAUGCGGUUUUUUUUUCGGGGAACAAUACAAUUGGAGACCACAUGUGUGUCCGAUGCUGAAAGAGGGAGCCCAAGAAGGAUUAUGGACAUAUUGCUAUCCGGAGUUAAGUUGCACAGAGAAAGAGAAUAGCGGGAACUCAUCAGUAAAGUAUCGAGUACAAAAGAUGGUGAAUAACGGUCCACAGGACACAGUGGUAGUGAUAGAUUAUGUGUCAACACAGCUACAGCAGGAAAAUGCGAGGAAAAUGAGGAAUCGUAUAAGAAAAAAGUUAUUUGCUGCUAAACUUCCAGGGACAAUCUUGGGUACGGUGCUUGCAGCAAAGGUUUCUACCGAAGUUUUCAUCAAGAUUUCAACAGCAGUGUCAAUAUUCAGUUAUAAUUUGUUCUUCUGGAUGGGUGCUCAAUGUUACGACCUUGGUGAAAUGGAAAAUGAUACAGCGGAUAAAAACAAUUCUGGUGAAACGGAGGAUCAAGAUGAUACAGCGGAUGAAAACGAAUCUGGUGAAACGGGGGAGCAAGAUAACGAAUCUGUAGCUUCUCUUGUUGCUCACAGAUUGGAUAGCAAUUAUAAUUCUGCCAGCAUGUUGUGGCUUCUGCUCCAGUUUCUUCUGUUGGGAAUGAUGAAAGGAAUACUGGAAGAAGGGUUAGAAGAAUUUCUCCGUGACCAUCUAGACAGUUACUUACAGGUAAAAGCAGUGUGCGAUAUUGCGGAUAGUGUAGGAAACUUUCUCAGUAUGAUACUCACAGCAGCUUCUCCAAGCAGCUGGGUUGGCAGUGACAAUGACAUUAGCAAAAGUCAUCUUGACAAUUACUAUCGCAUGCUGGCAAUUAUAACCCUAUCCUCCACAUUUUUGUUCACCAUUGUUGCCAUUGCCUAUGAAUUACGGACAAAAGAGGAUACGGCAAAGAGUGGGAAGAAGGGCUGAGGCUCAACAAUUAAUUUUCUGUUUUGGGUAUUUUGUGCUUGACUGUUUCUUUGGAUGUUUUCUUAGAUUCCUUGUGCGUUUGUAUAUUAAGCUAUACUUUGUUUAAUUAUUUGUGUUGAAUAAUGCUAUAACUGGAUGUAACAGUUUUUGCUUUCGAAAUUUACCCGUUUAUAACUUGAAUUUUCAGUGAGCUGGCUGCAGCUCCCAGAAUUGUAAAAUUAAAGUCUGGGAAACUCCUCAGGGUAGCUAAUUUUUGAAUUGAAGGUUGCCCUGGAGAGUCACAACAAAAUAAAAGGCAAUGCCCUUGAAAGAUUGAUUCCAGGGUUUGAUCUUUAGGACCCUUCUGUCAGCAAGCAACCCAAGACACGUAUGACAGGUCAUUAACAGCUUGUAAAACAUGCUUAUUUCUCAUCCCAACACGCAAUGGAUUGCUGGUGCCUCUUUUGAUAAAGCAGUCAAAUUGUGGAGUGGAAAAAUUUGGUGCUGCAUUUUGUGGUCAUAUUGGGCCUGUUUAUCAAAUCAGGUAAUGAAAAAUAAAUCAUGUUUAUAGCCGGAGAAUGCAAAAAGCGAGUGCCCCUAGCAGUGCUCUUUUCAGUAAAAGGCCGAAGAAUGGUUAGCUCUGUGCUCACUGCGUGGCUGCGUAUAAAUCAUGUUUAUAGAAGUCAAGAUUUACCGUGAGUGGCAGUUAUUCUCAAGAAAGCGCGUUACUUUUGCACUGCGAUAGGGUUGAAAUUUAACCACAUUAAUUGACUUCUGACCGCAUCUUUGCUCUUUUUCCACACGUAAAUACAUAAAGAUGAACAAC